GACAAUUUUGAAUGGCGGUGUUCUAGGUUAUGUUGGUAUAUUUUCGUGUUUAUCGCCGCUAAUAUAGAAAAAUGAGUGGUGCCGAGGAUAAAUUCAACGUUGAUUCCCUCGCUCAGGCGUUGGAAAAUGCGAACGUUUCCCCGGGCGGCGUAAGUUUUGCAGGAAAAUCUCUUAAGCUCGAUUCGGUCGGCGAUGCCAAAGAGAUAAUCGACGAAAUCAACAAAUGCAAGAAUUUAGAGUCCCUCAACCUUGAGGGCAACACUUUGGGAGUGGACGCCUCAAAAGGCAUCGCCGACGCUUUGGCAAAGCAUCCCGAGUUGAAAAGGGCCCUGUGGAAGGACAUGUUCACGGGACGUAUGAAAACAGAGAUUCCCAAAGCUCUGCAACAUCUAGGCGAUGGUUUGGUAAAAGCCGGCGCCCGACUAACCGAAUUGGACCUCAGCGACAACGCGUUCGGCCCGAUCGGCGUCGAGGGUCUCGCGAGUUUGCUGCGAAGCCCUACUUGUUACGCGCUACAAGAGUUGAGGCUCAACAACAAUGGCCUGGGGAUCACCGGAGGAAAAUUGUUGGCGUCCGCUCUAACCGAUUGCUACAACAGUAGCAAAAACGAGGGCAAACCGCUCGCCCUCAAGGUCUUUGUCGCUGGCCGCAACCGAUUGGAAAAUGAAGGGGCCAAAGCACUGGCCGAAGUAUUCAAGAUGAUAGGGACGCUAGAAGAGGUGUCGAUGCCCCAGAAUGGGAUAUACCACGCCGGCGUCAAGGCGCUGUCGGACGCGUUCGCCCACAACCGGAACCUGCAAGUGUUGAACCUGAACGACAACACCAUCGGCAGCGUGGGGGCGGGGGCGGUGGCGCACGCACUGCCCCGUCUGCAGAUGCUGCGCGAGCUCAAUUUCGGCGACUGCCUGUUGAAGACGGCGGGCGCGAUGUUGAUCGCGGAGAGCCUCCACGCCGGCCACCGCGGCCUCGAAGUCCUCGUCCUCGGCUUCAACGAGAUCAGUUCGGUGGGCGGCCUCGCACUGGCCGACGCGAUGGCCAACAAAACGGUAUUGAGGAGCCUGGUGCUCGACGGCAACCAAUUCGGCAGGGAGGGGGCGGAAAAACUAAGGGAGAGGUUAGCGGAUGUCGGCAGAUCGAACGCGCUGGGGUCGCUCGACGACAACGAGUCGGAGGAAGAACAGGAGGAUGAGGAUGAGGAUGACGAGAGCGACGAUGAAGAGGGCGGCGUGCAGAUCGUCGAACUCGAAACUUCCGCGGCGACGACGACGACGGUCGCGGACUUUCUGCGAGAGCCGACGCCUUCGAAUUUCGAAGGCCUCGGCCCCGACAGGGAUCGCGCCCUUCUGGACGCAAUCCGAGACGCCUCGGGCGACGUCGACCUCGACGCGUUCGUUCCCGCCCUGAUGAAGGUCGCGGCACUCGAUGCCGGCGCCAAACUAGCCGAGACCAUGUACAAGGAGCUGUUUGCGUGGGCCCAGCGCACCGGGAACCUCUCGAUCGUCAACAACAGCCUCUUGGUUCACCUGGGGCUGAUUAAAAGCGAGGAGAAAAAAUUCAAAGUCACGUGGGACGUUCGCGCUGGCCUGCAGCGCCUCAAGCGCGUCGUGCCGAUGAACUUCGUGCCGGACAGCACGAGAGACGUGUUACGGGCGUUCCUGCCCAGGAACACGGAGGCUACCCGCGGAUGCGAAGACCUCAAGGACGAGAUCCUGUUGCUCUUGCGCGCCGACCGCUUCCAAUAAAAUUAGUUCUUAUUUACGUGUGGUUUUGUUGUCCCCGCCCACGACGCGCAUACCGC